GUGGCGUAUAACGCCAAAACGGGAGAGAAGGUGAACAUUCACGAUCUCAACUCCAUCCAAGACCAGAUCGACAGACUGGGUAGCGCUAAGAUCGACGUUAUUGAUCCGUUGGAUAUCGAAGAAGACGAGAAUAAAGUGGUGCGAGAGUCACAGAACGGGCGCAUCAAAGGCCGAGAUAUAAAUGUGGCUCUGUUGGCAGAGAGGUGUGUGGUGUGUGGCUGUUUGCGGGUUAUAGUGGGUGCCUGUAAAGAGGUUUGGGUGUGUAUAAUACACUCGUGA